GCCGUCAAGGUGGGAUGCUGCGCCUGUUCUCGGAUCUGAUAACUCAAAAUCAUCGCGCAGGUGGGUUUCCUCGGAGCACAGCUGCCCACCGUUUUCGCCGAAGUAGCGGUAAACGGGCAGCAAUACAGAGACCACUAGGCAAAGUCGGUUGCGAGCCCAAGGUCAUCAGUUGGUUCCGAAUUUCGCCUUAUUUUAGGUAUAUUGUGCUAGUACAGUAAUUGUCGAGCCGAAAGUCUGUGCCGGGCUCAUUCUGACUCUUAGCAUUCUUCCACUUUGCGUUUUUUUUUCUCCAAGGGUUCGUUUUUUCCCCCCUCCACUCUCCCAACCGACCGAACGAUCGGGACAUAAUAUCCUUUGCCUAGUACUCAAACCCUCCUCUGCUCCAGCUCGCCGCAAUCUUGCCAUGCACUCAUCGCUCCUACCAUUGCAAAUCUUCGAGCCCUUCUGUGAGGGUCGCUAGUUACCCUAAUCAGGGACCGUACAGUCCCCCAGGCCACCUGUCCCGACCCUCUUCAGCAGCGCGGCUGCCUGAAUUACGUCCGACACAAGCUUUUGGAAAAGUUCUGACGGACUAUCCGCCGGUGGCCUGGUGGCUUUAGUCUAGCAUUACACUACGAAAAACAAUACUUGCGCAAUGUCAUCCCCAUCAUUGGCCCAGGAAGUCCGCGCAUCAGCGCCACCCCCCCUACCGGCGCUUCGGGUGGCCCACCGUCCUGCUGCCACAGAGGCAGUAGAGGACGUACUAUAUGGAUCGAUUGCAGGCAUCGUGGGAAAGUACAUAGAAUAUCCAUUUGAUACAGUAAAGGUCCGAUUACAAUCGCAGCCAGACCAUGUACCGCUCAGGUACAAUGGGCCCCUGGACUGUUUCCGCCAGUCAAUCCGCGCCGAUGGAUUUUUGGGACUGUACCGCGGCAUCACGGCACCUUUGGUUGGAGCAGCAGUGGAGACAAGCAGUCUGUUCUUUUUCGAAAGGCUAGCACGUGAGCUUGUCUUCGUCUCUGGGUAUUGUCCACGGGGCGAACUGCUGCCCUUGCCUGCUCUAUGGGUAACAGGAGCGAUGUCUGGUGCCUUCACCUCUUUUCUCCUCACCCCUAUCGAGCUAGUCAAGUGCAAAAUCCAAGUUCCUGACGCGGGAGCCCAAAAGGCGCCUCUCAAGCCCCUUGCCGUCAUACGGGAUGUGUUCCGCCACCAGGGGCUCGCCGGGUUUUGGCGUGGACAGACUGGAACGCUGAUCCGAGAGGCGGGAGGCUCGGCCGCCUGGUUCGGUAGCAAGGAGACAACGAGCAAGCUGAUGCGCGACCACAACGUGCGCAACGCUGUGACAGACGCUGAACGGGAAGCCCGUCGCACCGGCCCGCUGCCUCUGUGGCAACAGGCGCUGGCGGGCGCUUCGGCAGGCAUGUCAUACAAUUUCUUAUUCUUCCCCGCAGACACAAUUAAAUCGCGGAUGCAGACCGCUCCGUUUGGCCAGUCGGUGGCCAACCACACUUUUUGGAAAGAGACCGUUUCACUUUGGAACCAGGCCGGUCUAAAAGGCUUCUACAGAGGCUGCGGCAUUACCGUUGCCCGCUCUGCGCCCAGCUCGGCGUUUAUAUUCAUGGUAUAUGACGGCAUGAAGACGUAUAUACCACUUGCUUGAUGUCUGCAAGCACGGCUUUCACUUUGACUGUUUAUACAGGCCACAUUUCAGGGUAGAAGUGGUCAGGUGGGAUUGACUACCAGCUUUGUCAAAUUUCUCACAAUCAUGGAUAUUUAUAAACGAACUUUUUUUUGGCCUGAAAGUUGGGAUUGAGGGGUCAAAGGAUCUCAUAUAGGGUAUAACAUAGAACAAUCCAAGUGAAAAGAAAUCCGUAGUGGGACGAAACCAGUCGUUUCGAGACAUCAGGGUAUUGGACCCUGAAUUUUGUGGUUUUGUACAGUGAUCAACGCCAAAUCCACCGGCAGUGCCGAGGCCAACCGUCAACCUUU